AUGAUGGAUUCGAACCCAGGUCUUUCGCACGAUGACGCCGACCGUGGCAUCUCGGCCACAGGCUACGAGAUGCAAGCCGGGGCGAAACCUAGCGAUCAUGUGCGAGUCCAAGAGACUAACGCCGAAACGCCCGAGUAUAGCGGAGUCGACUACACCUGCGAGGACCAAGCAGACAUGCGCCGGCUAGGCAAGAAACAAGAACUGCGUAGGAACUUCCGGUUUACCUCUAUCCUAGGCUUCGUGUCCAUUGCCAUGGGUACCUGGGAAGUCAUCUUGAGUGCCACCGCUGGAGGUCUGACCAACGGUGGCACCGGCGGUAUGGUCUGGAUGUUCGUGGGCAGCUACUUUUGCUUCGGAACAAUCGUUCUGAGUCUCGCAGAGAUGUCCAGUAUGGCCCCGACUGCAGGCGGACAGUAUCAUUGGGCGAGCGAGUUCGCGCCGCGCAGCCAACAAAAGUUCAUAUCCUACAUUUCCGGCUGGAUGUCGACGCUGUCAUGGCAGUGUGGCACUUGCUCCGGCAUGUUUCUACUUGGGACACAAGUGCAAGGCCUCAUUGCACUCACGCACGACUCGUACAGCGCACAGCCAUGGCAGGGCUACCUCUUCGUCAUCUUGAUGGUGUCCAUUGGCCUGACGUUCAAUACGGUCCUGGCGAAACAGCUACCUUUGAUUGAGGCCAUCAUCCUGAUCUUCCACAUCUUUGGAUGGGCGACUGUGCUCAUCGUGCUGUGGGUUCUGAGUCCGAAGAACAGCGCCCACCAUGUCUUCACUAGCUUCGAAAACGAAGGUAGAUGGUCAUCGAUCGGUUUGUCCAUGCUGGUUGGACAGGUCACGUCAAUUUACGGUCUGAUUGGAUCGGAUGGAGCUGCGUGA